AUGAAUGAUGAAAAGAAAUUUGACUUCGGCCUCGAUCAGUCCACAGCCAGCAAUGGGCUCUUCACCGUCAUAGAGAGGAAGCCCCUCUCGUCCCUCGAGAACAACGAAAGCCUAAACCUGAGCAACCUGAGUGACCCCCUGUGCAAUUCAAUCGACGGGAUAAAAAAAAAGGCAAAGGAUUACACCACCCAGAACACAGACAGCAUUUGUGAAAUAUAUCGCCUGAACACCUCCCAACUUCUAAGUGACCAAUUAGAAAAUGCAGUGAGCAGGAUCAGCUACGUGGACGAUGACGUGUCUUCCUUUUAUGAUUCCGAAAAAGAAGAGGAAUUUUAUUUUGAUAAUGACAUUUCAACUCUGGGGUCAUGCUAUUCCGUUUCAAGUCCCACCAAGAUAAGUAAAGGGAAGAAGGCAAGGACGAGUGUGGUUGCAUCUGUUUCUAAGAGGUAUGCUGGUGGAAGGGGUUCAGAUGCGGGAGGGGGAAAGCAGAACCCGUUUUUUGAUCCCACUUUUCAAAAUGACUCCCCUGUGAGUGCUAACCUGGUUGGAAAAGGCAGAGAAGGUAGGGACGACCCCAGUAGAUACACACAGGCGUACGGUCGCGAUGACAUAAGAGGAAAAUUGGCCAAUAGGGAUCCGUCGAAUGAAUCCCCCCCAAAUGAAGACCACAGCGAUGAGGAAGCGGAGCUUGGGAAGCACCCCUAUAAGGACGAACUGGGGCACUCGCAAAAUAGCAGCGAUGAGAAGGCCAUUCGGGUGAACCGAAAUGUGUAUAGAAUUGUGAACAUUGGCAGAGCUGGGGAGGACGAUAAGGAGACAGUCAUCAGGAGGAUAGCCCAGGUGAGGAAGAGCAUGCUGAGGGAGAAGCGCGCGGGUGGUGCGGUUGGCGAUGCGGGCGGCGCAGGCGGCGAUGGGGAAGGAUCAGAUCGCGCCGAUCAGGCAAACCACGCCGGUUAUGCAGAUUAUGCUGACUUUGCCGAUUUCGCCGAUUCCGCGGAAGGGGGGUCCCCUGCCCACUACGAGCCAGCCUGGAAUGUCUCCAAACUGAGGGACCUGCGCGCGGGCAGAGGCCCUCCCCCCAAGGGGGCGUUCAAGGAAGACCCUCAGGGGGAUAGAAGCCACACCCGAUUUAGCGAAGGCCACUAUUUGAGGCAGGAUGAUGGCCUCUCUCGGUACAACAGCGACAGGAGGGUAGCCUAUAUGGAGGCGAAGGGCCAGGGGGGGAGCAGCCACGGCGGGAGCAACCACGGUGGGAGUAACUACAGCGGGAGCAACUACGGAGACGAACCGCCCCACUACAGCUAUGAGCGAACCAAAGAAGUAGAACCCAAUGAUAACGCCCAAUUUAAAAAGAGGAAAAAAUACAUGUUCCUUUCGAAGGAACCUGGGCAGGGCACUAGUGGCGAGGCUCAAAAAGGCCUGAGCAGUGAGAGCCAAGAUGAAGUGAGCCACCACUACCUGCACGGAGAUGAAUUCUACGAGAAGAAACGGGUUAGGGCUAGCAGACCGUUUGCAGACCACCCAGGGGAUAUAGCCCGAGGGGGGGGUGCGUCAUUCCAAGGGAGUGAGGCCAAUGCGGAUCUGACUGGCAGCACGGACGGGGGGAUGAACCAUGUUGAGGAGGGAGCCUUCCAGAGUGGAGUGCCCCCCCUGCGGGGUAGGUAUGUAGAGGGCCACUUGGCGAACGCGCGAAAGGGGGAAAGACGCGAAAGAAGCGAUAGAAGCGAUAGAGGCCAACGACGCGGCGACGGUGAGAGUGCCCACCACCGCGCCUACCGCUUCCACCAGUAUAGUGGCAUCGGAAGGGGUCACCACCGGGGGGCGCACAUGAGGAGAGACACCGGGUUUGGUGGAGACGUAAAGGAGAACCACGAAGCGGAUGAGAGGUAUGGCAACGACGAAGGGAUCGACGAGGGGGUCGACGACUCGAAUCAUUUGCAAAUGAAUGCGCGAGCGAACAAGCGGAUGCACCAUGUGAGUCAACAGAACAGGCAAAAGUACACGCACGAGCUAGCGUACCCACCAAGGGGCAUUCACAACAAUGGCUAUGAUAGCACGCAGAAGGGGAAGUACCCCCAGGGGAACUACCCCUAUGAAGAUGACAGCAUGGUGGGUCCGAAACAUGAUGAGUUAUACGCAGGCGAGGUGUAUCCUACGCGUGACGUCCACUCAGCGGAGGAAGGAGGUGCAACCACGUAUUUUAGAAGUGCACACAGUAGGGGUUACAAGGCACGCGGGGAGGAGGAGGAUGAUGAAGAGCGGAUGUAUGCGCAUGAAGAGGCGAGUUAUAAGAACGACGUGUAUCGAAGUGAGAGGUACCCAGUGGGUGCGUGGGGGGCGAACCAGGGUCGGAUGGGAGAGCACCACCACGUGGAUGACCACCACCGCGUGGGAGAGAACUCCUUUACUGGCUACCGCGAAGGGAACAGCUCCGGCAAGGCGCUCCCCUACCACCGAAGCGAAUACGCCAGUGGGGUGAACCCGUCCUAUAGAAGGCACGGUUCGAGUGAGAACCAGGCAAGUGCGUACGCACGUGGGGGGAUUAGGAAGUAUGACGAAGGGCAGAGUGGCGAACCGCGCGAUGGUGAUCCGCUCUAUGGUGAUCCUCUCUAUGGUGAUCCUCAUUAUGGUGAUGAUGGGCCUGGCUCGUAUGGCGGAGCGCAUCCCGCGGCCGUGCCCGGGGGGGCCAACCACCCGAGCGAGUACUACGGUGGUAAGUACGCACACCAGAGGUUGCCCAGCCACUCAAAUGGUCUACGUCAUGCGGGCAGCCACUACCACAGCGGGUACAGUCGCAUGCACGAGCGAAGUAGCUAUGAAGGGGGGGAAUAUUACGAAGAGGAGUUUCAUCCUGACGGGGGGGGACCCCCAUCAGAUCACCCAGAUCGUUAUGACCCUCGUGGCAUGUCAUAUGAAGAGUACGGAGAGUUACACACAGACGAUGAUAAGAGGAAUGCCUUUUCGAAGAGGACCCCUCCAAGCAGCCAAAAUGUAGCCAAACCGUAUUUUGAUGAAGGGGCGAAUGAGAAAAAUGGGUAUCUAGCCAGUGUAGGUUUUGAGCAAAAUGAAGGGAACCAUUGCCCCCUCGAUGGCCAGAGGAUGAAUGUCCAUAAGGACCAAAUGGGUGGUGAUGCCGAAAGGGAUAAUUUGAAUAGGCAGGGCCCCCCCACGAUGGUAGGUGAUGUACACGCAGUGACUGGCAAAUCGGCUGACGCUUUAAGUGACGUCAAGGGGAAUAUACCUGGGGUGACUGUGGGGAGUGCCAGACAGGUCGGUGAGGGCGCGCCGAUUGGUCCCUCCACUGGGGAGGCAGGCGUGCCCAACGAGAGUGCACUUCCGCCGCAGGGCACUAUGCAGAGCACCACGCAGGGCGUUCCACCCGCUGUGCAGGCAGACCAGCCACAAGCACAACCGCUACCACAAGCACAACCGCUGCCGCAAGCACAACCGCUGCCACAACCGCCGGUGAAGCGCAAGCGGGGGAGACCCAGGUUGAAGAAAACCGCCUCCCCCUCGGAGGAGGCCCCAUCGAACGACUCGCAAAGCAACGCGCAGGCAGCGGCCGCCCCCGCCGCGCAGCUGAAUAGCCAAACGGGUGCCCCCGCGGGUGGUCAGAGCGGCAACGUGAGCGGUAACGUGAGCGGUAAUGUCAGCGGCAACGUCAGCGGUGAGCAGGGCCAGCCCCCCCUCUACGGCAACAUGGGCUCCGUGAUUAACCCCUCAUACAACAACCAGCUGAGUAACCCCAAUGCGCACCUGCAAGUGACGAUGGAACACCCCCCGGGUUACCAGUUGGGAGGAUCCACCCAGGUGUUAGGCCAGCCGAUAGGGCAGCCGAUAGGGCAGCAGUUAGGGCAACCUCUAGGGCAACCGCUUGGACAGACGCCGGGGCACCCCAUGAGCCAGAUGAACCAGAUGAACCCGUUGAACCAGUUAAACCAGAUGAACCAGAUGAACCCGCUGGGCGCGCAGCUGGCGCAGCAGAUGGGCCUGCCGGUCGGGCAGCACCUGAACCCGCAGGUGGGCAGCCACCUCGGCCACCAAAUGGGGCAGCAGGUGGGGCAGCAGCUCAGCCAGCAGAUGAACCAGCAGUUGAACCAGCAGUUGAACCAGCAGAUGAAUCAGCAGCUAAACCAGCAGCUCAGCCAGCAGAUGAAUCAGCAGAUAAACCAACAGCUCAACCAGCUCAACCAGCUCAACCAGCUCAAUCAGCUGAACCAGCAGAACGGAUACCUCCUCCCGAGCAGAACAAACAACCACUUCGGUGCCAACAUGAAUGAGGAUCAGUUCGCCCCGACCUACGGAGCCUUCGAACCAGAUGUAGCGAAUCACGUAGACCCCAAUCAGUGCAACAGAAACUUUGAGCAAGUGAGAAACAAUAGGGACCAUCUGUCCUACGAGGGAGACGAUGGAGAGUAUCAAACGGAUAAGAGGAGGGUAACCAGAUCGAAUGGAAGUGGGUCGGAGGAAAGGCACUCCGAAAAGGAAGUUAAAAAGACAAGAAAAAGACGGGGGAGGAGACGAAAGAAUGAAAUGGACCAAGGAGACCCACAUUAUAAAAGAAGCAACAGCAGUAGCAAUCACAGCAAUGCUAACCAUGCCGAGACGAAGUCGGCGGGCUCCUACAGAAACAAGUCCAAUGACGACAGCAACUCCAGGAGUGAGCACCGGGCGGACCAGGACUACUCUACCUUUGUGGACGAGAACAACAAGCUCGUUUCGUACAGAGUCGCCUACAACCCCGCGGACACAGUGUGGGAAAGGCUGUCCGGCGUGAAGAUCGGCCCGCUGAUACUGACGGCCCAAAGCAGAACGACGAAUGUCAUUUUGGCCAAAAACAGAUCGAUCGAGCUCGGCAACAUCAACCACAACCUCAUAUAUGGCUACAUUUACAAGGGGGACAAGGUCAGACUGACCAUCGGGAAGGAGACCAAAUCGGUGAAGAGCGGCUCGGUGUUCUUCCUGCCCAGCUACAACGACUGCAGCAUACAUAACGACGACGAGUAG